GCGGCGCUCCCUGCACCCAGCUCGGCGGUCGCCUUCUCCGGGCCGGGCUAUCUAUGGGGCGAACGGCGAUGCCAUGAAGCCGGCGGAGAACGGCAGCGGGGCGAACGCCGCGCACGGGCAGCGGGGCUCCUCCAUGGGCGUUCGGCCGCUGUAGGAGCGCCGAGUGCGCGGGGCGCGAUCCGCCACCUCCCCUCCCCCUCGGGCCUCCUGAGGAGGAUGGCGACGGCGGCCGCCCCGACCCAGCUGGAAGCCGAGCUCUAUUACCUGAUCGCCAGGUUCCUGCAGUCCGGACCCUGCAAGAAAUCCGCCCAGGUGCUGGUGGAGGAGCUGGAGGAGCACCAGCUGAUCCCCCGGCGCCUGGACUGGCAGGGCAAGGAGCACCGCCGCAGCUUCGAGGACCUGGUGGCUGUCAAUGCACACAUCCCUCCGGAUUAUCUUCUUAGGAUCUGUGAGAGACUCGGGCCACUUUUAGACAAGGAAAUCCCACAGAGCGUCUUAGGUGUGCAGACCUUGCUGGGAGUUGGGCGGCAAUCUCUGUUAAGGGCAGCAAAAGAUUUCAGACACACACUAUGGAAGGGAUCAGCAUUUGCAGCUCUUCACAGAGGCCGGCCUCCCGAACUACCUGUAAAUUAUGGGAAACCACCAAACGUGGUAAAUAUUCUUUCUGCACGGCAAUUAACUGGAUGUGGACGUUUCAGCCACUUGUUCCCAACAUCCACCUACCAACAGAUGAAGAUGCACAAGAGGAUAUUAGGGCAUCUAUCUUCUGUUUACUGUAUAGCCUUUGAUCGCAGUGGGAGAAGAAUUUUUACAGGGUCAGAUGAUUGCUUGGUCAAAAUCUGGGCUACAGAUGAUGGACGCCUGCUCUCAACACUGCGAGGGCACUCAGCUGAGAUUUCUGACAUGGCUGUUAACUAUGAGAACACGCUGCUUGCAGCAGGCAGUUGUGAUAAGAUUGUCAGAGUGUGGUGUCUUCGAACCUGUGCCCCAGUUGCAGUCCUGCAGGGCCAUUCUGCUUCCAUUACUUCUAUACAGUUCUCUCCAGCAAGAAAAGGCACAACACGAUACCUCACUUCUACUGGUGCUGAUGGAACAAUCUGUUUCUGGCAGUGGCAUGCAAACACCAUGAAGUUUAAGGAUCGCCCUGUGAAAUUUGCGGAGAGGUCCAGGCCUGGCGUUCAGAUAUCUUGUUCAUCUUUCAGUUCUGGUGGCAUGUUCAUUGCAACAGGUAGUACUGACCACGUGAUAAGAAUAUAUUAUUUGGGCUCAGAGUCUCCAGAGAAAAUGGCAGAGUUGGAAUCUCACACGGACAAAGUUGUCGCAGUCCAGUUCUGUAACAAUGGAGACAGUUUAAGAUUUGUCAGCGGAAGCAGAGAUGGAACGGCAAGAGUAUGGCAAUAUCAUCAGCAAGAAUGGAAGAGUGUAGUCCUGGAUAUGGCGACUAAAAUGACAGGAAACAAUGUAGCAUCUGGAGAGGACAAGGUGACUAAACUGAAGGUUACAAUGGUGGCUUGGGACAGAUAUGAUGCAACUGUCAUCACUGCAGUCAACAAUUUCCUUCUCAAAGUGUGGAACUCAUCCACAGGGCAGCUUCUUCAUAGCUUAUCUGGUCAUGAUGAUGAAGUUUUUGUUCUGGAGGCCCAUCCAUUUGACCAAAGGAUUGUACUUUCCGCGGGUCACGAUGGAAAUAUUUUCAUUUGGGAUAUAGACAAAGGAACAAAAAUUCGUAAUUACUUUAACAUGAUUGAGGGCCAAGGCCAUGGAGCUGUUUUUGAUUGCAAGUUCUCACCAGAUGGACAGCAUUUUGCCUGCACAGACUCUCAUGGACACCUGCUGCUAUUUGGUUUUGGAUGCAGUAAAUAUUAUGAAAAGAUUCCAGAUCAGAUGUUCUUCCAUACAGAUUACCGACCACUGAUCCGUGAUGCAAAUAACUAUGUUUUGGACGAACAGACUCAGCAGGCUCCACAUCUUAUGCCUCCUCCAUUUCUGGUGGAUGUUGAUGGAAAUCCUCAUCCCACGAGAUUCCAGCGGCUGGUACCAGGGAGAGAAAAUUGCAAGGAUGAACAACUUAUUCCUCAGCUGGGUUAUGUAGCUAAUGGUGAUGGUGAAGUAGUUGAACAAGUCAUUGGACAGCAAACUAAUGACCAAGAUGAAAGUAUCCUUGAUGGGAUGAUCAGAGAGCUACAAAGGGAGCAGGAUCUGAGACUAAUCAAUGAAGGAGAAACUCUUCCAAACCCUCCACUCAAUAGAUCUCACUCUGUUAAUGGAGCUCUUCGAAGUCCAGCCUUGGAAAUUGCAUCUCCACCAAACGUUGGUCUCCGGAGAAGCGGUCAGAUUGAAGGGGUCCGGCAAAUGCAUCACAAUGCUCCCCGAAGUCAAAUGGCAACAGAGAGAGAUCUCAUGGCAUGGAGCAGAAGAGUCGUGGUGAAUGAGCUUCCUCCAGGCAUCAGCAAGGUCCAGGAAGAAUGUCGAGCUGCCAAAGGUGAAAUUGAAAUUGGCUUAUACACUGUUGAAAAGAAGAGAAAGCCAUCCCAUACCUUACAACGGAAUGAUUACCAACCUGGAAGUGGAAGAUCUUUGAGAAGGAACCAGCGCAAACGCCAGCACGCGUAUCAGACCCGCUCCACGAUAGAGCACAGUCAGCAAGGAGCAAGUCAAAACUCACGUGCACGGGAAGAGUCAGACAGCUCCUCAGAGGAAGAUGAGACAGGUGGCACAAGUGAUGCAUCUGUGGAUGAUCCUGUGGCAACAUGGCAAAGUGACAGCAGCUCCAGUGAUUCAUCAAGUGAAUAUUCUGACUGGACAGCUGAUGCUGGAAUUAAUCUCCAGCCUCCAAAGAGACAAACGAGGCAGGCGGCUCGGAAAAUCUGUAGUAGUUCUGAAGAUGAAAAUGUAAAGGGAACAAAAGGAGUGGAGCAAAAACGAAGGAAACUAAAACAACCUAGAAAAAAGAAACCAAGUGGACUGCUUUCAAUGGAAGGGGAGCCCAGUGAGGAGUGGCUGGCCCCGCAGUGGAUCUUGGACACCAUACCGCGCCGCUCACCUUUUGUCCCGCAAAUGGGAGAUGAGAUCAUAUACUUCAGGCAAGGCCAUGAAGCUUAUGUGCGGGCAGUAAGAAAAGCAAAAAUUUACAGUAUUAACAUGCAAAAACAACCAUGGAACAAAAUGGAACUCAGGGAACAAGAAUUUGUGAAGACUGUAGGAAUUAAAUAUGAAGUUGGGCCCCCUACACUUUGCUGCUUGAAGCUUGCAUUCCUAGAUCCAAUCACAGGCAAAAUGACAGGAGAAUCAUUUUCCAUUAAGUAUCAUGAUAUGCCAGAUGUUAUUGACUUCCUUGUGCUGCAUCAGUUCUAUAAUGAAGCCAAAGAGAGGAAUUGGCAAAUAGGGGAUAGAUUUCGCAGUAUAAUAGAUGAUGCUUGGUGGUUUGGAACUGUGGAGAGUCAGCAGCCUUUUCAGGCAGAAUACCCUGAUAGUUCCUUCCAGUGCUACUCUGUUCACUGGGACAAUAAUGAAAGAGAGAAAAUGAGUCCGUGGGACAUGGAACCAAUUCCAGAAGGAACUGCUUAUCCAGAGGAGGUUGGUGCUGGAGUCCCUGUGACUCCAGAUGAGCUGACGGCUCUUCUCUACAAACCCCAGGAAGGAGAAUGGGGGGCCCAUUCCAGAGAUGAAGAAUGUGAGCGAGUAAUUCGGGGGAUUGAGCAACUUCUUUCUCUUGACAUUUCUAAUCCCUUUGCUGUUCCAGUGGACCUUAGUGCCUAUCCCAUGUAUUGCACUGUAGUUGCUUAUCCCACUGACCUCACCACAAUCAGGAGGAGACUUGAAAACAGGUUUUAUAGGAGAAUCUCUGCACUGAUGUGGGAGGUACGAUACAUUGAACACAAUGCCAGGACUUUCAAUGAGCCAGACAGUCCUAUAGUCAAAGCAGCCAAAAUCGUAACAGAUGUGUUACUUCGUUUCAUUGGGGAUCAGAGUUGUACGGAUAUAUUAGAUAUAUAUAAUAAGGUGAAAGCAGAAGAUCUGAGCAGUACUGAUGAAGAGGAAGAGGUGGCAGAAGUAGAUGUAGAUUCAGAUGCUCCAGGAACUUCCUCUGGAAAACGACGACAGGUAAGAAGACGAAUAAAAAGACAGCCUGUGAAAGGAAGUCCUGACGCUUGGAAAGAGCAAUGCAAGCAGUUGUUAAACCUGAUUUAUGAAAGAGAGGACUCUGAGCCUUUUAGACAGCCAGUUGACCUCUUCUCCUAUCCUGAUUACCGAGAUAUUGUUGACACUCCUAUGGACUUCAGCACUGUGAAAGAAACCUUGGAAGCAGGGAAUUACACUAGUCCCUUGGAAUUCUACAAAGAUAUUCGUUUAAUAUUCUGCAACUCUAAAGCUUACACUCCUAAUAAAAAGUCUCGAAUUUACAGCAUGACACUUCGACUAUCUGCCUUAUUUGAAAAUCAUAUGAAGAAUAUCAUCUCUGAGUACAAGUCAGCAAUGCAAUGCCAGAAGAGGAAAAGGCCCCGGUACCGAAAACGUCUAAGAAGCAGCAGCAGUUCACCAUCAACUAGCAGAGCCUCUAGUCCAAAAGGGAAACAGAAGCAAAUGAAGAUUCAACCUAAAACCAACCUGAAUACCUCAUUGCCUUUGACUAGGACCAGCUCUUCAGUUUCAUCUCAUGUUUCAGAUACAACAGAGGAACCUCUGGGUUCAGCCACUGGUGAAGAAGUGGAAGUCCAGCCAUCUUCCUCAGGCUCAAAUGCACAGAAUCGAAGUGGAAAUACCAUUGAUCCAGGGAAAAUUAAACCAAUCAGAAGUAAAGUGACACCAGUGAAACAAGAUCACUCUCCUGAUGGACCACUUACAAAUGGUGAUGGCAGAGAACCUCGGACAGGAGUGAAGAGGAAGCUAAUAAGUGCAUCGGAAGAUGAGCAUCUAGAGGAGGGAGAGGCAGAGGAAGAAGAAAAAAGAGAAUUAAAGGAAAAAUCUGGUUUGUCUUCAUCAGAAAGUGGGGAUUCAGGAUCUAGUUCAAGUUCUGAAAGUAGAAGUGGCUCUGAUUCAGACUCUGAAUCAACAUCUAGAACAGAUCAGGAUUACAUUGAUGGAGACCAUGACUACAGCAAAGUUGUGCAAUCCAAAAAACCCAAAAGAAAAAUCAAAAGAAAAUUCACCAGUGGGAAAAGGACCUGGCAGAGCAGAGGGACAGGGAGGAGAGGUAGGUGGGGAAGGUGGGGGAGAUGGAGCAGAGGGGGAAGAGGCGGUAGAGGUGGAAGAGGCUGUGGCAGAGGAAGAAGAGGUGGUGGCAGGGGUGGAAGAAGAGGCCGAGGAGGCAGAGGAGCCUCACGAGGAGCCACCAGAGCCAAACGUGCCCGAAUUACAGAUGACGAAUUUGAAACUCUGUUUGGAGGACAAUUUGGUGAAAAUGUGUUUGGAGGCCGAUUCAGUAGAGCACCUCGAAUCAGAACGAGGAAUGAGGGUAGAAGAACUGUGCUGUAUAACGACGAUUCUGAUAAUGACAAUUUUGUGCACACCGAGGAUCCUUUGAACCUUGGUACUUCCAGGUCAGGCAGGGUGCGGAAAAUGACAGAAAAAGCCAGGGUCAGCCAUCUCAUGGGAUGGAAUUAUUGACAGAUGAAAAACUUUGGAACAAUUUUAAAAAGAACUUCAAUGGCCUUCUACUGCAGGGAUUUUACCAGAAAAUCUACCAAGCAAGUUGUGCGGGGACUCCACUCACGUUUCACAGUGGUGCUUUUCCAUUAUGUCGCUUUGCGUUUGUUUUGAAACUUUAGAUCGCCACACUUCAUUGGUCAAAGCAAGCCUUAUUCAUUAGGCCUUAAAUUACAGAAAUUCUUCCCCACGCACUACGAGUUCAUCGCAUUAAAGAGGCUUCCAGCUUCUCAAUAAGAACGUGACAUUUUGAAUCAUGGUUAUGACUUCUCUCCCUUGUUUUGUUUUUGUAUUAUAGAAAUAGCACCUUCUUACAGAGUUUUUAUGUGGUUUUUGCCAUAAACCCUUAUACACAGUAAUAAUUAUAACUUUUGCACAAUACACCAAUCCUAAAGGCAGCUAUAAAAUGUUUACAGUUUCUAUAUUGUAAGAAGGAUCUGGAUUAUUUUAAUCUUCCCAGGCCAAACAGUCGUGAAUUGCGCUGAACUGAAGUAUGUCCAUACUACAGUCAUGAGGGUCCUGAUGUGCUUUCUAUCGGUUCUUCAUUCGUGUAAAAAGUGACAAAGGGUUGGUGCCUUGUAAAUAUGUAGCAAACCUUUGAUGUGGUGUGUCCUAUGUGUGCAUUAACUUUAUUAAAAAGAGAAUACUUGAGAAGUAUGAAUAUCUAGACAAAAGGUGCCAAAUGCAAAAGUUAUUUGCAUCUAUUUUCUUUUUGUCCUCUCAUAUUUUUAUAGUAUUAAUAGAGAUUGUGCAGCUAAGUGGUAACUUCAACAUUUGAAAGGUUCCUCCUCUUCAAAGCAAAACGUGAUUUUUAAUAGUAGCUUGGCUACCUCUAUUUACAACUACUGGAAAUUUAAAAGAAAAUAGAUGCUAUUAUUCAGUACGUGUUGAAGUACUGGCAAGAAGGAGCUGUAGAAGGAUGGAAUUGUUCACCGAGUUGUGUAGUAAAGAUAUCUUUGUUGACACAAUGAAAACAAAUCUAAGUAAUUAUCAGAGUUUUCAGAAGCAUAACGUUUUCAGCAGAUGGCAGUUUGUUGGUGCAGAUAGGCCAACUGUUUCCCAUACAAUUCUGCUGCCACUUAUUCAGUGCAAAUCUGUGUUUGUUUUAGUUUGUCCCUUGAAGCUGCUGGGGAAGCAGAAUGGAACUCUGGUGGCUGGCAGUGCUGGGAAGUCGCUGUUCCAUCCUCCACACGAACUCUGGUAUCUCAAGCUUCCAGAAGUGAAUUCAUGUUGCACUGUAUUGUUGUGAUACUGCAGAAUGCUGACUUGAAACCAGAAUCAUUUUGGUAGUAGUGGUAGUAGUAGUGGUAGUACAGUGUGUGAUGAUACGAGGGAAAUGUAGAGGCUUUUCUGUGGGUGCAGAGCCAGCAGCCAGGAGCAGGCGCUUUGCGUGGGCUGAGCUGGUGGUGGCAGCCUCUUUGCUCAGCAGGGUCUGCUUGGAAUGCAUGUGGAACUUCGGUUUUCUCCUGUUGUCUAAAAGAAUCUGACAGUUCCAGCUCAGUUGGGUGAGUUAGAUUACACUGAAGGAAGAAAAGGAAAGAAAGAGAUUGGAUGUUUUUGGUGGAGUUUUUCAAUAUUCUUUUUAAAAACAAAACUAACAAACAAAAACUUUCAUCCAGUAUCCUGAAGUUCUUCUGUGCACGGCUUGGUCAAUGAUUCUGGAAAACCUCAGGCAGCAAAGAGUGACCCGUGUAUAUUCGCAGAUGCAGAAAGAAUUUAGUUUUUGCCUUUCUAUAUUGAGCACUAUCUAUUUUAUCUCGCUUUCCAGAACCUCUAGUUAGAAACAAAAUGACUUGAAAAAAAACAAAGGUUUAGUUUUGUGAUGGAGGAAAGUAUAUCCUAAAUUUCUCAGAGCAUUAAUAUGACUUAAUGGUACAGCAGAAAAAUCACACUUUAUCAACUGUUUUGAAACAGCCAUAAUCCUUUUCUGAACUUAAUUCAGUUGUGUCUUGGUGGAAAUACAGUGCAGAGGCACUGCUAGCUCUGUAUUGGGCUUUAAAAUAUAAGUACCUGUCCUAUCAUCUCUCUCUCAUUUUAUAUAUAUAUAUGUAUAUAUAUAUAUGCAUAUAUAUAUAUAUAUAUGCUUAUAUAUUUAUAAAAAAAAAUGUAUUAUUUCUUUGACUGAUGGCUCCUCCUACAUAUGGUAACCUGGAAUAGCAUGUAUGCAUCAGCUCAUAGUCAGAGCCGUACCUCUUUUAGAUCAGUCCUGUUGAACUAAUGUAAACACUAUGGGUUCUGUUCUAAAGCCUGAAAAUCUUGAAAUGCAGAAGAAAUGCUUUCCAUAUAUUUCUGACUGGCCGAAGAUCCACUUACAUAUUUAUUUUGUGUAGGGGUUGGGGGGGAGAUAAAUACGUGGAUUCCAGAUAAAUCAUUUUAUAAUUUGUGUAUUUUAGCAACAGUUAGGAUAAUAUUAAACAUAUUCUCAAAUGUAUCUUUUCUAUGUAAUGAAGUACUGUGAAGAUAACAGUGAAGCAUCACUUUGCUGUGGCGUAAGUAUUAAUCAUACGUGUUACAUGGUUAAGAGCUAGGCAGCAGGGUGUGCUGGAACAACAGAGCUAUUGCUUAUUUAAAAAGAAAACAAAAAAACCUUUUUUGUGCAUGAGAACUUUUUUGUAAGCAUGAAAAAUAACUUGGGUUUAGAGAUGUUAUUUUUACUCGGUUUUAUAUCUGGAUUCUUUCUCUGAGUUGGGCAAACAAUUUCUCAUCUCCUCAUUCUGUGGGAUAAUUUUAAUGUUAUGGCAACUUGGAUGCUUUCUCUCAAAUCCAGAUUCUGCCAGGAGCCACUUGCUGCUGCAGAAAGCCCUGCGGGUCAUCAGCAGCAGUGAGCUGGUUUAAGCCUUCUGCUGUCUACUCCAAAAUUGGACCUAAGAAAAAGCUUGGCAGGCCUGGUUAUUAGAUCCCUGAAGGCUAGCAAGGCAUGUAUGUGGGCCUGGGGCUCCUCUGCUGCUGCUGGUUAAUUCUUGAGCUUCUGUUCUGCAAGAUGCAAGCAAGGUUCUCUCUAGCCAUGAGAGGCCAGGCGUUCUUCGGCUGUGUGGCCCUUCUUCUGAGUGCUGGGGGUGUGAGGGCACUCUGAGGUGCCCUGGGAAAGGGGCUUCUGUCCCGGGGUCACUGCAGUGGAUCCUCACUCCCAGCUUUGUGCUCUGAUGGAGCUGAAAAUCCAUAUUCUUGGAUUUCUCCUGGCUAUGGAUCUGUGCUCUGUCCCAUAUUUUCCUCAACUAGAGCGUGAAAUGCCAAGCUCUCUUUGCAGUUUUCUGAUGUGCUGUUGCAUCUCUUUAGCCUGAACUUUGCCCACUUUUUAUUUUCUGUCAUCUUUUGCUUUUCCACUUGUUGUAUUCCACCCCUCUUCUUCAUCUUCUUGUUAUUGCCCCAGGUUAUUUAUGAUAGUUUUGGAAUUCUAUGGUAUCUCGAUGAAUUUUAUUUCAGCUAGGCUGUUAGAGUGUAAGACUUCAUUCUUUUGCCUCCAGUCUGUCUGGCAGGUGAACUUUCCCAUCGCUUCCCAUGUUUUUCAUAUCGUCCUCUUUCUGUGUUAGCACCAUUCCCCAGCUGCUGGAGGUGCCUGGGACACAUCCAUCGUCUCUCCUCUUUCUCAUCCCUCUCAUUGCCAGUUUUAAUAAAAAAGAGAGGGCCCAUUAUGCUUGCUUCGUAGGGCUUGGAACAAUCUUGGGUUAUGCUUUCCAGUAAUAGAAGUUUGCUGCAGAGCAGUAAGCAGAGGUCACUCCCUUGUCCCAGGCAGCUCCACCCCGCAGGUGGACCAGCUGAGCAGAAGCAUUUAGAAGUAAUUUGUAGAUGAUUUUCGGUUGCAUAAAAUGUUGUACCUUUUACACAUCUUCGUUUUCCCUGAACGUUCUCUCUAUGUACUCCUCAGCUGCUACUUCUGCACAAAGCGUGCCGAGCCAAGGGAAGAACAGAUGUUGUGUGCUAACAAAAAAUGUGUUCAUUUAUAAAAUAUGGAAAGAUAGACUAAAAUAUGUUGCUUUUGACAGUGGCGGAGGCUCUGCUGACCUCAAAAAGCAAGAUAACCUUGGCAAGCAUUUGAAAAUACUGCUCCCACGUGUCUGACAACUGCUCGAAAUCACACACUGCUAAUAUAAGGAAAAAAAGGUUGGAGUCUGUAAUGUCUGAUAAGAACGGAAGGUUUCCACCUCAUCUUUAACUUUGGGUGGUGAAGGUUGGGGAAGGCUGAGUAGCUGUUGGUGUAGGGAGGUCUUGGCAGCCCCACAGGGCGUUGCUGCGCUGCGUCACGAGUUCCAUGUUUUAGUGACGUGUUUGUGUGCUUACAGUUCUCGAUUUACUUCUUUUAAUCGACACGGCAAGUUUUAUGAAUUACCAACUGCAGGAUAGACUGAAGGAGCAGUUAGCAAUCCGAGGAAAAAUCUCUAUUAGGACCACAGGGAGCUGUCAUUGUGUUCUUACAAGUAUGUAUUAUAGAAAAUUACUGCGCGUGUGCGGUAGAUAAUUUUCAAAUAUUAGUAUAUGGGAGCUGUGCACCUUUGGGGAAAAAACAAAAAAACUCCUUUCUGUACAGUAACAGCCUGCAAAACCUAAUCUAAAAGUUGUCUUUAGUAUUAGAAACCUGAAGACCAGUUGGGAGCUUGUACAUGUUUAAUACCCCCCAGCAAACGUACACAACUGUGCUAUGGAUCCCUGAACCUUUCCAGUGGAAUUGCUGUCACAGCCUUAACUCUAGUAUUAUACAAAUGGUGCUUAAAUACGUUUAUGUGCAUGGAUGUGGGUACCUGAUACAAGAACUCAAAACGGAGCAGCUUAGUGCUGCGUUGGAGAGUUGCUGCUCCUGGGAAAUAACUGCAGCCACAUUGGUGAACUUCCAGAUGUGGAACUCUCUGGAAAAUGCGUGACCUCGUGGACAAUUAAGGGCAGUCGCUCCGUUCUUGGGUUGCGUUUUGCAUUGGCAGUGCUGGGCAGGAUGGGACAGGGGCUGCUGCUCUGGAAAAUCCCAGCGCCGCCUUUCUGCCCCUUGAAGCGCCUCCCGAGAGCAGUGGCUGCUCAGAUGUAUUCAGAAAUCUAAGUCUGGUUGUUGUUUUUUCCAUAGAAAUACCAAUAUAGGCUUUUUGUUCCUACAUGAGUUGUUAUAGCAGACUUGGCUUAGAAGUACCGCCCCUACCGUUGGUGUUGAAGCAGUGACAUUCACCACAUUUAGGCUCUACAGUUCAUGCUCUGGAUGACUUACAAUACUCCAAGAAUGCACAAAGCUAUUAGAAUUAUAUACUUUCUCUGUUGAUUUUUUUUUUUUUUUUUUUCAGGUGAUAUUUAUGCCCAUAUCUUCACAUCCGCUAUCUCAGGUCCCUUUAAAUGAAUACUUCAGGGAUUUUGAUGCCACUCGUUGGCAGACCAAAUGUAAUAUUUAUAUGCAAUGAGCUGUUAGUUUUUGUAUUGUACAAAUGUAAAUUUGUAAAGAUUUUUUUCUAGAGUUUUUUUGAAGUCACUUAUGUAAUCUAGGAUGUUUCAUUUUCCAGCUGUGGGAUUGACUUAAUAAAAAAAAAAAAAAGAGA